CAGUGUGCAUGUGCAAGAGAGUGACCUGGAGUGAGAGCCAAGCUAGGAGAUGUUAAUUUGAGUUGGCAGGUCUGCAGUAUUUGUGGACUCUCUCCAGAUGGUUUCUGCUGUUCCCCUGUCUCCUUUGAAGGAUUAGAGUGGGCAGGAGGGGGUGCAUUUCACUGGGCUUCUGCACAGGAAAGCUGGUUUUUUUUGUUUGUUUGGGGUUUUGGGUUUUUUUUUUCCUUUUUGCCUUGGGGAAGGUUCCUCAGAGAAGGGGAAGUGGCAGCAUCACCUGUUCCCUCAGCUCAGCAUCUGCCUUGUGCUACUGAUGUCCAGCUGCCUCCAAGGAGCAGGUUCCAGACGUCGGAAGAAAGGAAAGCAGCUCCAGUCAGUUUUGACAGGUGUUUCUCUCGGUGGGGCCACACUGACCAUGCUCAGGAGCUGCUGUCUUCAGCUCAUGUCCUUGGUUUGGAUUCUCUUGGCCCAUCACCAGCUUGCCCAAGGUGAUGACUGCAGUGAGCACUGUAACCUGGCGCAUGGGUGCUGUGACCAGGAUGGCAAGUGCAGGUGUGACCCAGGCUGGGAGGGUGAAUACUGUGAGAAGUGUGUGCGGAUGCCAGGCUGCCUCCAUGGGACGUGCCACCAGCCUUGGCAGUGCAUCUGUCACAAUGGCUGGGCAGGCAAAUUCUGUGACAAAGAUAUACACAUCUGUGAGCACCAGCCUCCUUGCAAAAAUGGGGCCCAGUGCAUCUACGACCGAGAUGGGGAGUACUCCUGCCUGUGCCCCGAGGGCUUCCAUGGAAAGAACUGUGAGAUGAAGAUAGGGCCAUGUGAGAAGGCAGGGUUUCCAUGCAGGAAUGGUGGCCAGUGCCAGGAUGAAAAUGGCUUUGCUAGUAACUUCACCUGCAAGUGCCUGGCUGGCUUUGUUGGUGCCCUCUGCGAGAACAACAUAGAUGACUGCCUGAUGCGCCCCUGUGCCAACGGUGCCACCUGCCACGAUGGUAUUAACCGCUUCUCUUGCCAGUGCCCAGCAGGCUUUGAAGGGCGUUUCUGCACCGUUAACAUUGAUGACUGUGCCAGCCAGCCAUGCAAGAAUGGAGCAAAGUGCUAUGACCGCUUCAAUGAUUUUGACUGCUUGUGUCCAGAUGGUUUCACUGGUAAAACUUGUGAGGUCGCCACUCCAGAACCAACCUGGAUCACCUUCUACCAUCCAGCUGACAGGGAGGACAACGAUCCCAGGAGAAGCACAACCAGUGAGUACCCCUGGGUUACUCAGCCUGAGCCUGUCAGAACUGUGGUUACUGGGAGGCGGAGCACCAAUCACAGCGAAAAAGCCAGUGAAAGUGGGUUGUUGAAAAUCUCUGUCAAAGAGGUGGUGACCCAACGGGACUCAGGGCUGAGUGAGGCCCAGCUGGUAACAGUGCUGGUGUUUGGGGUGCUCACUGCUGUGCUGGUCCUUGUCACUGUAUUGUUAAUUCUGAGGAACUGGCAGAGAGGGCGCCGGAGAUCCAACUGGUGCCAAAGCCCCUCACAGUCUGCAAGGAAGCUACAGGAGCAAGAGUGUCAAGUGGGCAUGUUAAAUGCAGUCCUGAUAGAGCCCAGGAAGACUACAGAGCUGUGAGGACUCUGGCAUUCUCAGAGUUGGGCUCUGGCAGGUCGCCAUGCCAACAAACCCUUCGAACCAUGCCCUGGGAGCCAUUCUGGUUGAAUAUUUCCAAAGCACUAAAGGUCUCUGGUGCAAACUGAUCUGUGAUUCAGUAGGGAAGCAUUCCUAUGGACAGCAAAUCCUUAUCUGAAACCACAGCUCUUCAACCUGGUAUGAUGUCCUGGCUGCAUCUAUUCUUAUUUUCAUCAUCUAGGCACCUUGAGCAUCCAUGGGAGUCAAAAGGGUUGCACCAGAAAAGCCCACCAUGGGAAGCAGCAGCAUGCUGAUUUUGGCAGCUAGCACCAAGG